GGUACUUGUUUGUUAUUACACCGUUGCUAUGGUGACGAUAAUUGUCAACAAUUUGAUUCGAUUUGCUGCUCUUUUCAGAAAUAAUUCAAUUAUGUUCAAGUAUUUGAAUUAAAUAGAACUUACAAUAUGGGUUUACUCAGUAUUCUGAAGAAGCUUCGUUCAAAUCCUGAGAAGGAAUUGCGUUUGCUACUAUUAGGCCUUGAUAAUGCUGGGAAAACAACCUUAUUAAAGCAGCUUGCUUCAGAAGACGUAGACCAUGUAACUCCUACUGCUGGAUUUAAUAUAAAAUCAGUGCUUUCCAGUGGAUUCAAAUUGAAUGUGUGGGAUAUAGGAGGGCAGAGGAAGAUCAGGCCUUAUUGGAGGAAUUAUUUUGAAAAUACUGAUAUACUUAUUUAUGUAGUGGACUGCUCUGACCAUCAACGUCUCGAGGAGACCAGUCAGGAGUUAGCCGAGCUGCUUCAAGACGAUAAGUUGCGAGCAGUUCCUCUACUGGUAUAUGCCAACAAGCAGGAUUUGGCUACAGCAUUACCUGCCAGCGAUGUAGCUCAGCAUCUCGGUCUACAUUUGAUCAGGGAUCGCACUUGGCAGAUCCAGGCCUGUGUGGCUACGGACGGCACCGGAGUUAAGGAAGGCAUGGAAUGGGUGUGCAAGAAUAUACCGGUAAAGAAAUAGUCAUGUUAAUAUCACCUACAUACUUAGAAUAUGUAAGUGGAUAUAUGGAAUGGUUAAUUAUCUAGUCACAUAUAAUUUUACUACACUAUAAUAUAUAUUCUAGUCAAAAAUGGGUAUAAAACAAAUAUAGGAUUGGGUUCUUACUUCAUAUAUUGUAUUAUUUUUAUUGUAACAACGAGUUUUUGUACACGAAGGAGCUUUAAUUAAAUAUUUAUUUUACUGUAAUGUAACAUUUAAAAUUUGUAAAGUACAAUAGGCGUACUUAAUGCUAAUAGCAUUUUCUAACAAUUGGGUUAAUAUAUCAUUUUAAUUAUUAAUCGGCUUUUAAAAUUAUUUAUAAUCUUGUAUAACUUAAACGAAGUUCGCGAUAUUAAAAAAAAAUAUUAUUAUUAAAAUAAAAAAAAUCCGUCCAGUAGCAAGAGUUACUAUAAAUUUAUUUUUAAAUAAGUAUUAAAAAUAAUACAUAUUAAUAAAUUUAUUUACUAUAAUUUUAAAUAAGUACUAGAAUUAAUACAUGUUAAUAAAUUUAUUUAUGAAUUAUUUUUAUUUAUGUUAAUGUUAUGUACCGACGUUAUGAUUAGAAUACAAUGAAACCCAUGUUCAUCUUCCUAGUAUCAGUAUUAUGAUUAGAAUAUAAAGAGAGCUAUGUUCAUCUGUGUAAUAGACAUAAAUCAAACUAAUGGUUUUGUUUACCAAAAAAUUUGUUAUCUAACUAUAAAAUUAUGGGUCAGACCUUUCGGUCGAUUCAAAGAAAACCAAAAUAUCUGAAUUAGAUUCUUUAUUUUAGAGUCACUACAAAGAACAGCAUUGUAAGAUGGUCACGUACACCAUCCAUAUCUAACCAGUAUAUAAACUGGCACUCGCCCCCUCCAUAGGCAGAUUUUUUGUAACAUCACUCACGUGAACAUCUAUAUUCGGGUCUCUCUCGCUCUUUGUGCGUAACUGUGUAGUCUUAGUCCGUAGUGUCUUGUGUAAAUAAUAAUUGUAUCUUCAAAUUAAUUAAAGUAAUUUAGUGAAGUACAAGAGUUUGAUUCCUGGUCCUCUCCGAAGACAACAGCAGGGAUAUAACAAGCAAAUUGGUGUCAGAAGUGGGACGGGUUGGAUUUCGUUGGUAUAAAAGACGAAAGUUGGCUUCAGCUAUUUAUCAACCCAUCAUAAACACAAGGAGAAACGCAGAAAGACGACAUC